UGUAAUAGUUAAAAUUUAAUAAUUAUAAAAUAAUAAUUUUUUUUUGUGUGCGUUUAUUUGUGUGAAAUGUUUGAAAGUCGUUCCGCUGUUUAUAAAAUGUUAUUGGAAGCAGCAUCGAAAGAUCGAACAAUUCAUGAAUUCCCGAAACCGUACAGUUUAGAUUGUACACCGUAUAAAGACUGUGAUUUUAGUGAUUUAGUGAAAAAUGCUUGUUUAAAUGGCCUUAAUUUACAUACACCAAUUAUUACUGGUUUGAAAAUUUGUAAAGUAAUUGUUUUAGGUGAUGUUGCUGUUGGCAAAACAAGUCUAGUAAAUAGAUUUUGUCAUCAAGAUUUUGAUAACAAUUACAAAGCUACAAUUGGAGUUGAUUUUGAAGUCGAACGUUUUGACAUAUUAAAUAUCCCAUUUAAUGUCCAAAUAUGGGAUACAGCCGGACAAGAAAGAUUUAAGUGUAUCGCACAAUCAUAUUAUAGAUCGUCUCAUAUUGUAAUACUGGUAUUUGACCUCUGUAAUUUAAUGACACUUUCAAAUUGUAAAAAAUGGUUAGAUGAUGCACUAAAGGUGUCACAAGAUCCGAUAAUAUUUCUGGUUGGAACCAAGAAAGAUUUAAUGGGUAAUGCUGCUUAUGAAGGAGUCGAAAGGCAUAUUAUGAAAGUUGCCAAAGAAUUGAAUGCCGAAUAUUGGCCAGUAUCAGCUCGUUCCGGUGACGGUGUUCAUGAUUUAUUUGAAAGAAUGGCUGCAUUGGCGUUUAAUGAUUUGGUUGAACAAGAAAGGGAGAGUGUUAUAAAUGCAGUCAAAAUUGGAUCGGAUUUAGUUACGUUGAAGAAUUCUCAAAAAGAAGUUACUACAAAGAAACCAUUUUGUGUGAUAGGUUGCAGUUAAUAUUGAACCAAAAUUCCUUUAGUGUUCAUUAGAUCUUGUAAAAGAACCAGAGAUGUACCUACACCGUCAUAUAUUUUUUUUAAUAAUUAUUAUGUAGUUAAUAUAUUUUUAACCAAACUGACAUAUACAGCACAUAUUUUGUAGGUAUUUAUUGAUU